AUGCAACACCACCUCCAAACCCUAAUUGAGGGGGCUCACGAGAAUUGGACCUAUGCCAUCUUAUGGGAGCCAUUGUACGACUACUCUGGCUCAUUGGUUUUGGGUUGGAGCAAUGGAUACUACAGAGGAAACAACUACUCCAAUGGCAAAGCCAAAACGACAACAGUAGUGGUGGAACAAGAGCUCCGGAAGAAGGCACUUGGCAAGCUCUAUUCUGUGAUCUGUGGCGGGUCUGACAUGUCCAAUGGUGACGAUGAUAUUGUUUUAGAAGAUGAUGUCCCUAACAUUGAGUGGUUCUUCAAUUUGUCAAUGUUUUAUUCCUCCAUCAUCAGAGGAGGUGACCUCCCAAGCCAUGCCUUCUUCAAUUCAAGCCCCAUCUGGGUUGUGGGUUCGGACCAACUUGCAGGCUUACCGUGCGGUCGGGCUAGUCAAGGGCAGUCCUUGGGGCUCCAGACCAUGGUUUGUAUACCUUGGGCAAAUGGGGUUGUGGAACUGGGCUCUACCGAUGCAAUUUUCCAUUGUGAGGAUCAGAUGGAUUUGAUCAAAAAGGUUAGGGUUCUGUUUAAUUCCAACAGCCUGCAAAUGAGUUCAUUGCCUAUUACUGAGCAAGGCAAAAGCGAUCAUAUUCUUCGAUCGGUUCUGGCAACGACCAACAACCUUCAUGCAAAGGAUGUGGACAAUAUUUCCAACAUCAUUGCUCGUAGUGGCAAACGUACCUUGUAA